AUGAAUGAGCAGGAAGGAAUCUACAUCUACGACAAUGAUGCGAACCUAGUCUAUAGUAGCUGGGGCAGCGGCGGUCCGGGUGUCAUUCACGCUCCUCAGGUGUGCAAUUACAAAGGCUCGCCGCAUCUAUGCUUUUACCAGGGCGUACAAAUGAUCGGUUGGGGUCACGGGCACGGCGUUAUCAUGGACAGCCACUAUCGCGUCGUGAAGUCCAUCGAACCGUCCGGCAGUUACCAAGCAAGCAGCGACAUGCACGAAUUUCGGUUGAUUGACGGUGACCGUGCCCUUAUGACACAAUAUCUUCGCUCCGUGCACGACCUCUGCGAUUAUGAUCUCUGUGACGGACUAGGUUACAUUCAGCAAGGCGCCUUCCAAGAGAUCGACGUUGAAACUGGCGAAGUCAUCUUCGAAUGGCACUCGCUCGAUCAUAUUGCCCUCGAUGAAAGCUAUGUUCUACCCAGCAGUACUGAAAUCAGCGGCUCGGGUCAGGAGCCGACGUCGCCAUGGGACUAUUUUCACAUCAAUAGUAUCGACAAGAAUGACGACGGAGACUAUCUGAUCUCUGCACGGCACGUGAGCGCCGUGUACAAGAUUUCUGGACAAGAUGGUCAUAUUAUCUGGAGGCUGAAUGGUGCUAAGAGUGACUUUCAUCUUGACAACUUCGGCUUCUCAUUCCAACAUGAUGCGCGCUGGAUCAGUGACAGCAAGGAUGAGAGUGUUAUCAGUGUGUUCAAUAAUGGAGGCAAUGGCUUCAAUCAGACGCACCCGCAUUCAGACGGCAAGAUCAUACACAUCGACCACAAGACCAAGGUCGCCCGAGUACUUCAAAAGAUUAACCCGCCAUUCAUCGAUGGGCAUGCUCACUACGCAAAGAGCCAAGGAAAUUUCCAGACCCUGCCUGAUGGCGGUAUUGUUAUGGGCUGGGGCUAUGAUCCUUUCUUCACCGAGUACGCUCCAGGCGAGACAGAGGACCGGGAAAUUGUCUUCUACGGGUACCUCGCACUCGGCCACAUGAUGAACUACCGUACUCACAAGUUCGAUGGAUGGAUCGGACGACCUCUGACUAAACCAGCACUCUGGACUUACAGCAAGACUGGAGAGGAGGACAGCGGAAUGAUCAUGUACUUCAGCUGGAACGGUGCAACAGAGGUAAGCAGAUGGGCCCUGUAUGGCGCUGCGGCAAAGAAUGGGCCAUACGUACUUCUGGCAACCAGAGACAAGAAUGGAUUCGAGACCAUCUACAGGCAUAGAAAAAUGCUCCCAUGGACAUACGCCGAGGCACUGGACAAGAACGGAGAGAGCUUGGGCAAAAGUGCGCCGCAGGAAACGUACGUUCCGCGACAAGAACUGAGGCAGUACUGCGAUGACUUGGCGUGUCAGUUCAUGCCCAGCCAAGAGCAGAGGGACAGGGAGCGAGAGCAGGCCACGGAACAAAAAGCAAGUCAGAGAGGAGGAUUCCUUGCACAGAAAAAGGAUCAGAUCUUGUUCGGCAGCGGUAUCGGGGCGUCGAUACUGCUUGCCAUCAUCGCGGUGGUGCUUGGGACGAGGAAUAGGGUGAAGAGUGCGAUUCUUCGUUCUGUGGACCGCGUGUGGCGACUCAUCUGGGGCAAGCUAGGAGAAGAAGCUACAGGGCCAGAGUAUAGGGCAGUCGCUGGUGACGAGGGCGAUGACGAGGAAGUCAAAGCGCCCAUGUUCAGGGGAGAUGGAUGA